AUGCCCAGCAGGAGGCGCCAGCGCCCAAUCGCCUACUUGCCAACGGUCAAACAGAAAGAAGAUGAAGACCUGAAGACCUACCUUACCCGCUUCAAUAAAGAACGUUUGACAACAGAAAACAAGGAUGAAAAGAUCACACUCGCCGCCCUCCUAGGCGGGAUAUGGCCACGGAGUCCUUUUAUGGCAAAACUAGCCAGAAAGACUCCUUCCACCCUUAGGGAGUUCAUGGAUAGAGCAUAUAAUUUCGUUAAUGCUGAAGAUACUUUGCAGGCCUUGGUGGAUCCUCAUAAGGCGGACAGGAAGGCCGAACGAAGGAGCGGGCAGGUUGAAAGAAAAAUUGGUGCAAGUCGACAGGAAAAGAAGCAAGAAAAAUGGCCAGACUACAAUCCUAGGCUGAUACAUGAAAAUUUGAACGCGCAAGAGGAUGAGAAAGACAGGGAGGAACCGCGUCAGCUCAAGACAGGCAGUCGCUACUGCAAAUACCACCAGAUUGGGUCUCACUGGACUGAAGACUGCACGACUAUAAAGAAGAGACUAACUGAGCUAGCAAGAAUGAGGGAAUUGGAAUGA